UUGGUAAUGGCGGAUAUAUGUGUUGUCAUCAGUUUUGUGUUGAUAGAGUUUAGUUAGUGAAGUGCCUUUAAACGUAAUAAUGGAUAGAAUAAUCAAAGGAAUCAUGAAUUACAGAAAAUGGCAUAGAGAUGGAAUGGUGAAGCAAUUUCAACAAGUUCGAGAUCAUCCUGAGCCAAAAGCAGUAUUCUUUACCUGCAUGGACUCCCGGAUGAUCCCAACUAGAUUUACGGAAACGAACGUUGGGGACAUGUUUGUCGUUCGAAAUGCCGGUAAUGUCGUACCUCAUUCUCAGCAUUUUCCGGACGAGCUGACGAUGUGCGAGCCCGCGGCUUUAGAACUUGGCUGUGUGGUAAACAGCAUAAGGCAUGUUAUAGUUUGUGGACACAGCGAUUGUAAAGCUAUGAAUUUGUUGUAUGCUUUGCGGGAUGAAGAAUUUGCCUCUAAGGCGAACAGGAGGAUAUCACCGCUAAGAGCGUGGCUGUGUGCACAUGCUAGCAGCAGUUUAGCAAAAUUUCAGCAGCUUGAAGUAACUGGCUACCACCAGCCUAUAAUUUUUCAAGCUGAAACACCGUUGCGAAAGUUCGUAGCUUACAUCGAUCCAGAAAAUAAAUUUACUAUAGAAGACAAAUUAUCUCAAGUGAAUACCCUCCAACAGUUGCAAAACGUAGCUUCCUACGGGUUUUUAAAGAAGCGACUCGAAAGACAUGAUCUGCAUAUUCAUGCUUUGUGGUUUGAUAUUUACACUGGCGACAUUUACUACUUCAGCAGAGGGAGCAAACGAUUCGUGGAGAUCAAUGAAUUGACAGAAACGCCAUUGCUCGCUGAAAUUAAAAAAUAUUAUUCUUAGAAUAUUUUGUAUUUAGUGAUGCAUCUUAUCUUAAUCAAAUAAUCUCGAAACAUUGUUAUCUGAGACUGAACUAGUUACACAUUCGUUGAGAUCUUUAACAAUGUUUAAACAUAUAAUUACCGCGGGUUAGAUGCUCGUUAGAUCGAAGACCACAAUAUGUACCUGAGAGUGAAAGUAAUGGAUUUUCUUUCUCUUAGUCUUGUUUUAUUAAGACUAAUAUUACAAACUUGUUUGCACAAAAUAGACCGCUACAGUAGCCUUAGAUAUAUUUACAACCAAAACACUUGGUGCAUAUUUAUUUCGAACAGUAAUAUUAUAAGAUGAUAUUCCAUUUCAUAUUGUUACUUACAUCAAAAUGCUUACCUACAGUGUUCAUGUUAAAGGAAGGAAAUUAGUUUUCCUUCGCGAGACAUAGAAGGAUAAUUAUUUUGGAAUUAUACAAAGUCUAUUAUAAAAAGAUAUUGUAAAAAUAUAAAUUCUACUAUAUUUUAUGUAUUGUUGUGUACAAAGUAUAUUCGCAUGUAUAUUUUUAAUAAUUUAUAUAAUCUCUUGUAUACGCAGGAAGUAACUGUACAAUACAUAUUUAUUGUUGUUGGGAUC